AUGGGGCACCUGGAGCUAGUCGUCUUGGGCCUCACCUGCUGCUUCGCAGUGGCGAGUUCAGCAAAGUUGGGCGCUGUGUACACAGAAGGUGGCUUCGUGCAAGGUGUCAACAAGAAGCUCGGGCUCUUUGGCGACUAUGUGGACAUCUUCAAGGGCAUCCCCUUCGCUGCACCCCCCAAGGCCUUGGAGAACCCCCAGCGACACCCUGGCUGGCAAGGAACCCUGAACGCCAAAGACUUCAAGAAGCGAUGCCUGCAGGCCACCAUCACCCAGGACAACACCUAUGGGGAAGAGGACUGCCUCUACCUCAAUAUCUGGGUCCCCCAGGGCAAGAGGCAAGUCUCUCGGGACCUGCCCGUCAUGGUUUGGAUCUAUGGCGGUGCCUUCCUCAUGGGCGCUGGCCACGGAGCCAACUUCCUCAGCAACUACCUGUACGAUGGGGAGGAGAUCGCUACGCGAGGCAACGUCAUCGUGGUCACCUUCAACUACCGCGUCGGCCCCCUCGGCUUCCUCAGCACCGGGGACUCCAACCUGCCAGGUAACUAUGGCCUUCGAGACCAGCACAUGGCCAUUGCUUGGGUGAAGAGAAACAUCGCAGCCUUUGGUGGGGAUCCCAACAACAUCACCAUCUUCGGCGAAUCGGCUGGAGGUGCCAGCGUCUCUCUGCAGACCCUCUCUCCGUACAACAAGGGCCUCAUCCGGAGGGCCAUCAGCCAGAGUGGCGUGGCGCUGAGCCCCUGGGUCAUUCAGAAGAAUCCACUCUACUGGGCCAAGAUGAUCGCCAAGAAGGUGGGCUGCCCCCUGGACGACACCUCUAAGAUGGCCAAGUGUCUGAAAGUCACGGACCCCCGGGCCCUGACUCUGGCCUACAAGAUGCCCCUGGCCGGCAUGGAGUACCCCAUGCUGCACUACCUGGCGUUCGUCCCUGUCAUCGAUGGAGACUUCAUCCCCGAGGAUCCUGUCAACCUGUACGCCAACACUGCCGACAUUGACUACAUGGCGGGCACCAACAACAUGGACGGCCACAUCUUCUCCUCCAUCGACAUGCCGGCGAUUGACAAGAAGUCCCAAGCCAUCACCGAUGAGGACUUCUACAAGCUGGUCAGCGGGCUCACCAUCACCAAGGGGCUCAAAGGUGCCCAAGCCUCCUUCCAGUUCUACACCGAGCCCUGGACCCAGGACUCAUCCCAGGAGGCCAAGAAGAAGACCGUGGUGAAUUUUGAGACGGACAUCCUCUUCCUGGUACCCACCAAGAUCGCCCUGGCCCAGCACAGAGCCAAUGCCAAGAGCGCCAAGACCUACAACUACCUGUUCACCCACCCCUCUCGGAUGCCCGUCUACCCCAGCUGGGUGGGGGCUGACCACGCGGACGACAUCCAGUAUGUCUUUGGGAAGCCCUUCCAAACCCUCCUGGGCUACCGGGCCCAAGACAAAACGGUCUCCAAGAACAUGAUCGCCUACUGGACCAACUUCGCCAGAACUGGGGACCCCAACACGGGCCACUCGGCCGUCCCCACACGCUGGGAGCCCUACACCCCGGAAAAUGGCAACUACCUGGAUAUCAACAAGAAGAUUGACAGUAACUCCAUGAAGCAGCACUGGAGGACCGACUACCUACACUACUGGACCCAGACUUACCAGGCCCUGCCCUCCGUGACGGGUGGCGAGUCCGCCCCCGAGCCCCCCAAGGAGGAUGCUGAGGAAGCCCCUUUGCCACCUGUGGGCGACUCUGAGGCUGCCCCCGCACCCCCAGAGGGCAACUCUGAGGGUCAGAUGCCCAUAGUUAUCGGCUUUUAA